GAAUCGCAUGCACGAGUCUCUUAUGCUGUUCGAUUCCAUCUGUAACAACAAAUUCUUCAUUGACACUUCCAUCAUUCUCUUCCUCAACAAGAAAGAUCUGUUUGCCGAAAAGAUCAAGAAAUCUGCCUUGAGUAUCUGUUUCCCUGAGUAUACAGGUAAGAUGUACCUUUGUAAAUGUCAGAAUUGGCCAAAACAUAUUUGCUAGCUGAAAUCCUGCUCUUUAGUCUGCAAAAUCCACUUAGGUAUUGACCAUGUGAUGUUGAAGUGAGUUGACAUUGUGGUACAUACAAUUGAGGGGAAUACAAAUACUGUAUUUAGUAUCUCUCCACCCUCCCCUCUCUGACAAGGUGAGAUGGACACCCAUAGCCUGAGAGAGAAUAAAAUCACAGCCAUGCUUGAGCAGUCAUGGUGAAGGGAUGGCCAGUGAGAGCUGUCUCCAUCUCUGUAUGCUUAGGCACAGACAGACAGACACCAUACCAUUUCCUUUCCCUGCUUUAGAGAGCUGCCCACAGGGACACAUUGCAGUGAACAUUAUUUUGCCUUCCACAUCUGACACACACAGCCAAGCCAUUGUGACUGUAUCCUCAUGUUAACUGAAGUCACAUGGGUUACCACACCAGAAUGUGAUUGUAAUAGAGUGAAUAAUUGAUGUAGGAGAAUAUAAAAGGGAUUCAAUGGAAUGAAUUCAAGCCCUAAAAGCUCUCUUCAGCUCUUUUAGUUUUUACUCUUUCCCUGUCACCUUUCUCUCCAUCCUGCCUCCCUGUACAGGUCCUAACACCUAUGAUGAUGCAGCUGCCUACAUCCAAGCACAAUUUGAGAGCAAGAACCGCUCGCCCAAUAAGGAGAUCUACUGUCACCUGACGUGUGCCACAGAUACAGGGAACAUCCAGGUGGUGUUUGACGCCGUCACUGACAUCAUCAUCGCCAACAACCUGCGAGGCUGUGGCUUGUACUGAGCCCUGACCGCCCCCUUGCCUCUCCUCUGGAAAUGAUUCUAAUUGAAAAUGCAACUUGGUAAAUAAUAAUAAUGAUUGUUUUAAAAUAGGCAUACGUAUAUAUCAAUAUAUAUCAAU